UUCACUUUCACACUCUUGCAACAUGGUUGACAAACAAAAAAGCGAGUAUUGGAUGGAGAGCCAAGAGGAACGCAAGCGCCUGGCUAGUAACCAUUUCAUAGCUAAAGAUGCUAUGGGUGGUAAGCUCGUUCGCGCACCCGUCGAUUUCUCCCGACCGGUCAAGGUCCUUGAUAGCGGUACCGCGGAUGGAACAUGGCUCCUCGACUUAGCAUUCUCUCUCCCAUCCCUACCCGCUGGCGCGCACGAGUUCGUCGGCACAGACCUCAACCCCGCCCCCUUUCCUCCUUCCCCUCCCCCAAAUGUGUCAUUCACGGUCCAAGACAUCAAAAAGCCUUGGCCAGAAUCCCAGCAUGGCCAAUUCUCCCUUGUUCACCAGCGCCUAACCCUUCUUGGCACCGGGCCUGCCCCCGCCCCUUCUAUCUCACACCUAUACUCCCUCCUCAAACCCGGCGGCUGGAUCCAGCUCUGCGAGGCGACUAUGGUCUUCCCGCCCGAGAUAGUGAACAAUGAGCGCACGCCCGCAUAUAGCGACUUGCUCCGGCUAAUGAAGAGUAUCGCGGAGCACGUGGGUGCCGCGUGGGAGAUGGGGGGAACCCUCAAGGACUUGUUAGAGGGUGUGGGAUGUACGGAUAUCAGCGAGGAGGAAGUAGUGCUAAAGAUGGGCCGGACGAAUGAAAAUGACAGCUUAUGCGAAGACGGUGUCCGGGGCUGCGGAAUUGCAGUUGAGGGAUUAUCAAAAUUUGCGAAGACUUUCCCACCGGAGAAGCAGCCCUUUCCAGCUGAGAGGUAUGAUACCUUGAGGGCUGACUUGGAGAAGGAACUUAGUGAGAAAGGGGCUGUUUUUCCGCUCAAGGUUGUCUGGGGGCGGAAGCCGGAGUAGGCAUGCUGUAUAAUUAGCCGUUAUUGGCAUAUAUUAUUAAAUUGACCACGUUACCGAUGAGUAACUCGGCUACUGACAUCUAUGGGUUACUAUACCUAAAGCAAGGUAAAACGGGCACCACGAUGGCUAGACUAUCUGCCCCAACCAUGCGCGGUAUCGAGGGAUUAGAAGGGUUAGGGAUAAAAUAUAUCCCUCAAUUCUCAUUGCCGGGUAAAUACAAACGCAUACUGGGAGUUAUCCGUGAGAAAAGGGGUCAAGCUCAACCAACAAACUAUUAUAUCACAUAUAUAUAGGUAUAUUAGCACCUAUUACUGAGCUCUACGGAAAUAUUAAAUAUCAGAAUCACUCUUUUCCCGUC